UCAUUGGUCCGUCACGGCUAUCUUGGCACAGCUCCAAUUCGACCAUCCGUUGCGAUCGCUUUCCGCACGCUGGAAGCUUACCGCCAGCUUCACCACACCUGUCCGCGCCUCAGCAGACAGGCACUAGUGCAGACGCUCUGCCAUCUACACAGGGUUCCGUUCAAUCGCACCCUAGUCAAUCAAUUCAGCAUCGCGUAUGACCUCUACCUCGAGAUACUACAUCGCAUUGAUUUGCGUGUUAACUCUGUACUCGGGCGCGAUGCCACUGAAUGGGCAAUGCUGAAUGCCUGCGCGCCCUGCUUGUAUAGGCUCCAGGACGAGCCGUCGCUCAAAUACUCGAUGCUGGUGGCCAUGGAUGGCAAUCAGUCAUUAAAGCUUGUUGAUGACGUCUUCCGCGCAGGCAAGACGUUACGAGACGAUCGCGUCGGCCUCUCACGGCUCUGGUUGACGACGGAGGAAGUCAAUCGCUGGAAAGACGAGGUUCCUCGUUCGGUAAUGGAGGACUCUCACGACGAUGAAGACCACUUUGACGACGAAUUCGGCUGCCUUGACAGCCCUGAAGAAGGUGACGAGAAUUCACAGGCCGAUGUCACUACUUGCGUGGAACGGUGGCGCAAUGCGGGGCCUGAAUCUCGUAAGAAAAUGUUCGCGCUCUUUGCUGUUACUGGGGUCUUCGUCUGCUUAUGCCGGCACGGCCACCUCCUUGCAAUCUGCGACAUGAUACGCUCCGGAGAGCUGAUGAAAUACCCUCUGGCAAUCAUCGACAGGUUGAUGAACGUGUAUGGCAGUGACAUCCUAGUUGGGUACGACAUCGCGUGCGCGUUUGCACGAACCGUGGCCAAAAGUUCGCUCGCACAACGUGCAAAGGAUAUGCGUCUCACCGGUAUUGUCCCAGCCUUCCACGGUCAUGGUCACAACCGGGGGUGCCAAGUCCACUGGCAUCCCCGAUACUUCAUCGGCGCAGGGAAAGAAGACUUCGAAGGGUGCGAGCGGCUCUUCUCGGCAUCCAAUCACUUAGCAUCAGGCACCCGUCUCGCAUCCGCAUUCCAUCGCCAUCAGGCCAUUGUAGAAUUCUUCAGUCACUGGGAUGACUCGAAGCACGCAGAAUCGGGCAAUUUCAUAUACAACAAUUACCGACAGGCGCUUGCCAUCCGCAAGGAGAGUGCCGAGGCGCUCGAAGUUCUCUGCUCGAAGCUGCAUGUCACGACCCUGGAUCUUGAGAGCUUUCUCGACGAGGAGCGAGAGUACCUGCACAGUCGCAAGAAAGAACCACCGGAGGUCUCGCGCAAGGCCGAUUACAUGGCGGCCUUGAAGCACUUCUACAUCGUAUAUCAUGGGUACCAGAGGAAGGAGAUUGCAGCCCUCAGACGGAACCGCACAAUUGCAGCGCGUCAGUAUCAACUCGUGGACGAUGAGUGCCAGGCGUUUGAAGACAAGCUCGAGCUCGAACACCGUUGGGUUGCCGGUUCGCCUGAAUAUGCGCAGGCCGAAGAGGACCUGUCUAUGCGCAAUUAUCGCUUAGCCGUCGACAACCUUGAGCGGCUCAUCGUCCAACGCUUGUUCGAGCUGACAAAGUUGGGAAUGAGUGGUUACAAACUUCGGGAGAAGAUCAGCAAAGGGCUUAAGGCGCGUGCAGAAGCGAUCAAGAAGGCACUGACGCGGUACAACAAGCACGCAGCUGCACUGGUUCCACCGCGGCCUUCGCUGUCGUGGGACGAAGUUCUCGAGAUGGUGUCCCUGGCCGAAUUCGACCUUCUCCGCGAUGCGCGGAUUGACAUUCGCAAAGAACCAUGGGCCGAUCGCAAGAACCGUGAAGCGAUGAAUAUGCUAUUUGACAUGAAGCGCGCAGAAGAGGAGAUCGAGCGGUUGAACGUCGAGAUACCUCGAUUGUUGACUUUCAUGCACGACGAUCAUAUCGACUUCUACAUUGCUAUUGCUCGCAACAUUGUCACUAAUCCUUCCCUAGCUCAUGAACUUGCACAGCGGUGGACGUACCGCGAUCGUAUUCACGCCAACAUCGCUGCACGACUCCAACAGACGGCUCGCCUUCCUGGCUUCUCGGGAAGUGUUCAAACGGGACAACGUCUUGGAAGGGCAUCUCAAGGCGGCAACGACGUUCCGCUGCCAGACUGGGCUAUGUACGCCCCUCUGGCUGACAGUGGGGUGUCCGCAGAGGGUACAGAAGGGGAUGACAUGCUUACUGUCGGAUCGCUGUCAGCGCAGGACUCGGAUACCUUAGUUACAUUCAUGGACAAUCUCGGUGUACGCGAUCACGCAGAACAUGAGACGUAA